AUGGAACCCCGUCAGAUUGAGUGUGCAAUCUGCGCCGAGACCAAAGACGCAAACGAAUUCCCCUCGAACCAGCUCACCCUCAGCUGUCUGCACCCGCCCUCGACCUGCUUCGACUGUGUCUCGGCGAGCGUCAACACACAGUUCGAGACAAAGCUGUCUACCAGCAUCAGCUGCCCUGAGUGCCCGCAACAUCUCGGGAUGGACGCGGUUCGUUGCUGUUUAACCGAGGAAAAUUACUCAAGGUACAAGCAAAUUUUCCUUGAGAAAAUCGCCCUGAGAGUCUCCAACGUGGUGUGGUGCCCAUUCGGUUGUGGUACAUCUCAGGUACACAGCAGCGGCGAACGACAGCCAAUUGUGCAAUGCCGCAACUGUGGCCGUCCAUUCUGCUUUGUCCAUGGCGUUGAGUGGCAUCGAGAGCACACCUGUGACGAGUACGACAUGCACCUGCGUGAUCCGACCUUUCGCAGCAAAAUCCAGCGAGAGAAUGAAUCCAGGGAGGCUCUGAGCCGACACAUCGAGGAAACCAGACGGCGCAUGCAGCACGCCGAAGAAGAAUACCGACUGCGGUGUCUUCGUGAACAACAAGCGGCCGAGGCACGCCGCAUCGAAAAGGCUCGGAUCGCGAGAGAAGCGAGGGAGGCGGCCGAGUGCGCUGCCAGGGAAGAGGCACGGCGUCGGCAGGAAGAAGAACAGAGACGGGUGGCUCAGAUCAAGGCUGAUGAGCGUCUGGGCGAGCAGACGGCCACAGCCAAUGCGACGCAGUGCCCGGGCUGUAAAAUGUUUGUUCACAAGAUUCUGGGUGGUACGUAA